UGCUUCUGGCAAUUACCUUGGGUACGUACUUUGGGCUACGAAGGAAUGACUGGGCGACUGCCCCGCCCACUUUCGGGCUGGGCGGUUAUGUAAUAAAUAUAUGUAAAAAAAACUCCGAGAUGAGGGCUCAACAACUCUGUUAACUCUGCUAACCGUUUCUUAGACCCCGCAAAAAACCAAAAAAAAAAGACAACUAUCUCUCUAUUUCUCUUCUCUUAGCUAGCUUACGAUUUUACAGCAAUGAUUUGAUUUUUUUCUUAAAUUUACGCUUAGCGCUGGCAGCGCCGCCUUAACAAGUUCUCCAAGCUCUCAUUGCCAACCACCAAGUACCAAGUACCAAGAACCAACUACCACCGGCCCUUCAGCUCCUGGCAUCCAACGUUUUGUGUAUAUAGCUUAGCCACACUACCCCAAAAAGAACAUCAACAACAACAACAAUGGUACUGGAUAUAGUAGCUAUAAAACCAGUAGACCAGCAACAACUACAACAACAACCGCCACACAAAUCUCAGCUUGCGAUUGCCCAACAAGAAAUGAGACUUGGAGAAUCUGCCAAAGCGUCGCUGCUGCAGCGCUGCAAAACGAAAAAAAAAAAAAUACCGAAAAUUAUAACCGAAUCACAACUGCGCUAGUCAUCAACUCUAUGUAAACUAUAUAUAUAAUCUCAAGUAAUCUCAAGUAGAACUCCUCAUAGCACAUUUCCCGCACUCAGUUAAGUGCCGCCCCACAGACUUAUAGAUCUUCUGGCAUAGCUAUAACUUCUAACUCUAUAUAGAUUCACUUAACCUUAGCUUAGCUCUAGCUAUCUCUCUUUCUUGCUCUCGCUCUCUGUCUCUUGCUCUCUCUUUCGCUCCCGCUCUCCGUCUCUCUCUCUCUCUCUCUACAAUGCUCGACAACUGUAAACUUCUGUACCUGAACCAAACUAUCAAACUAUACUUCCAGUACACCUGCAUACUCGUCUUACUCUAUGAAUAUUUUAUACAUAUUUUAAAUUCCCCGGCUAUAAUCGCUUUUGUAAUUAAACCUUUCACCAGAGUCCCCUCUGCAUCUCUCUUGCUCUCUCUGUCUCUCUUUGACUUUAUAUCUCUCUAUCUCUGUCCACCCCUCCCAAAAAAAAAAUAUAUAUAUUUAAAAAAAAACCCCAUGACUGUGUAUCUACGUAAAGCGUGGUAGCCAAGGUCCUUGAGGGACCCGCAGGAUGGGUGGUGGCAUAUUACAACCCGACCGACCACCGCAACCGAAAUGAACAGCAACCGAAAAGAAACAGAAAAUGCGAAUCAAACGAAAAUGCAAUGAACUGAACCAACAAUGCAUACAUAUAUUUAUAUACGUGUAUAUCAAGAUUUCUGUAUCAACUGCCGAAUCUUAAUUCAUACUCCUUCUCUUCUGAGCAGUCCAAGAAGUAACGAAAAGAAAAGCAAAUAGAAAUUGUAGUCGAAUAUUGCAUAGACAGAACCCCCCAUACAGGCUUAGAGUUAUAUAUGAUAUAUAUAUUAAAUAAAAAGAAUAUUAGAAAAUUCAAUCACCAGCAUACAAACACACACAAUCAGACAUUCGCUUAGUAUCAUCAUCAUAUAUUAUCCACCCUAAAAAUCAUAUCGUUCACCUAGCGUAAAGUGCAACUCCAAAAACGAGUUUCGAAAGUCACGCACCCAUACUGUAGCAGAAGUUCGUGCUCCAUAUAUGAGACCACUUACACACACACACACACAACCGACCAGAGACACACGAACAAAUACAAUCAAAAGACAAGGAUAACCCGGUCACACACACAUGCGGCUGAGAGUGUGGGCCCCAGCAUCCCUGAGCUUUUAAAGCUCUGUCUAUUUCUCUGUCUCUCUCAACUUCUCUCUCGAAGGACACCGCGUGGAGCUUUUCCGGAUAAAGUUUGCCCAGCUGUCAAAUUGAAAGGAAAACAACUGUAAUCAGGGAUUAUAGCCAUCUCGGUUCCCCGUAGUACAUAGAAGAAGAAACUCCCGUUAGGUUCUUAGAACGUCCCUGAUCGGGCGCCACUUAUAUGUUGCACUUUGUUAAGCACAAGUUAUCGAUUAGCUAGCUCUAUAACCUUGUUAACUUAGAACGUGUUUUAAGCCAGGACUCUAGGACUGUAAGAACCACGAGGCACUUGCAUUAAACCAUCCACCAUGUGGGGAGGGGGGGUCCCAUGGACCACUUCUCCUGCUCAUAGUUCUUGUUUAAUGGAAGUGCCUAACAUGCGGCGUAUACUCAACGUAGGCCAGAACAACAGCAACAACAUCAACAGUGCCACUAGCACACCACCACCACCACCACAACCACAAGAGACACCCACCUGCACCACCAAAAACAGCCAAAACAGACACAGUAAAAUAAACCACAAUCGAGCGGUACUCAUGUGUCGUCCAUUUUUGUUUUACUUUCCCAAUCAAAAUUCAAAAAUGAUGCGAUGAAGUUGAAGGCGAUGAAUCGGUUUAUAACGUCUGAGAAUGCCUCUGUCCUAUCUGCCUAUCUCUGUCAGUCUCUCUCUCUCUCUCUCUCUGUCUUUCACUCUUCCUCUCUCUCUCGCUCUGUCUCUGUCUAACUCUAUCUGCCUAUAAGCUAAAUCAUUCCUAAAGCCCAUUCAAAAAUAUUAAGAAAAAAGAACAACAUGAAAAACUUAAACAAAGAAUACAACAACUUUGCUCAUCCGUUCGUCUCUUUGUUUCUCUGUAUUUUCUUUCAUUACUUUUGCCUUUGGAUCCCUAUGUGUUAUUUGUUCCAAAUUAACCUAUAUCCCCUAUACUCCCCCUCCUCCACUGAAUCCCUGAAUGUUUGUGUGCCCUCUUCGGUUCUCUUGCUUUCGCUUCCGUUUCCGUUUCCGUUUUCGUUUGUGUUUUUUAGUCAGUGCAUCCGAAGAUGAAGAGCGCUUGGUGCGUGACCUCUUUCGAGGCUACAAUAAACUCAUACGACCCGUACAGAAUAUGACACAAAAAGUUGGAGUAAGAUUUGGUUUGGCGUUCGUACAGCUAAUCAAUGUCAAUGAGAAAAAUCAAAUUAUGAAAUCAAACGUUUGGUUACGUUUGGUUUGGUACGACUACCAGCUGCAGUGGGAUGAGGCCGACUACGGCGGCAUCGGGGUAUUGCGUCUGCCCCCCGACAAGGUUUGGAAGCCGGACAUUGUGCUCUUCAAUAAUGCCGAUGGUAACUACGAGGUCCGCUACAAGUCCAACGUACUGAUCUAUCCAACUGGAGAAGUCUUGUGGGUUCCCCCGGCCAUUUACCAGAGCUCUUGCACCAUCGAUGUCACCUACUUCCCCUUCGAUCAGCAGACCUGCAUCAUGAAGUUUGGAUCGUGGACCUUCAAUGGGGAUCAGGUGUCUCUCGCCCUGUAUAACAACAAGAACUUUGUGGAUCUGUCGGAUUACUGGAAGUCGGGCACUUGGGAUAUUAUUGAAGUGCCUGCUUAUCUGAACGUCUACGAGGGCGAUGGCAAUCAUCCCACGGAAACGGACAUCACCUUCUACAUCAUCAUCCGGCGAAAGACACUCUUCUACACUGUGAAUUUGAUUCUGCCCACGGUGCUGAUUUCGUUCCUUUGUGUUUUGGUAUUUUACCUGCCAGCCGAGGCGGGUGAAAAGGUCACGCUUGGAAUUAGCAUUUUGCUGUCACUGGUUGUGUUCCUGUUACUGGUGUCGAAGAUUUUACCGCCGACGUCGUUGGUGCUGCCGCUGAUCGCCAAGUAUCUGCUGUUCACCUUCAUUAUGAACACGGUGUCCAUUUUGGUGACUGUGAUCAUCAUCAACUGGAACUUCCGAGGGCCGCGCACCCAUCGCAUGCCCAUGUACAUCCGAUCCAUAUUCCUGCACUACCUGCCCGCCUUCCUUUUCAUGAAGCGCCCUCGGAAGACCCGUCUGCGCUGGAUGAUGGAGAUGCCCGGAAUGAGCAUGCCCGCCCAUCCCCAUCCCUCUUACGGCUCGCCGGCCGAGCUGCCCAAGCAUAUCAGCGCCAUCGGUGGCAAGCAGUCCAAAAUGGAGGUCAUGGAGCUGUCCGACCUGCACCAUCCCAACUGUAAGAUCAACCGCAAGGUUAACAGCGGUGGGGAGUUGGGCCUGGGCGAUGGAUGUCGCCGGGAGAGUGAGUCCUCCGACUCCAUCCUGCUCUCCCCCGAGGCCAGCAAGGCCACCGAGGCAGUGGAGUUCAUCGCCGAGCACUUGCGGAAUGAAGAUCUGUAUAUUCAGACCCGCGAAGAUUGGAAGUACGUGGCCAUGGUGAUCGAUCGCUUGCAGCUGUACAUCUUCUUCAUUGUGACCACGGCCGGAACGGUGGGCAUUCUGAUGGAUGCCCCGCAUAUUUUCGAGUACGUGGACCAGGAUCGCAUCAUCGAGAUUUACAGGGGAAAGUAAGGUAGUGAGAACUUGGAGCAGCCAGGGGCUGAUUGAAAUGGUUAACAGCAUUGCAAACGCAACAAUAAUAAGCAAAAAACGAGGUAUCGAGUCAGAUGAUAACAAUGAAAAAUUGCAACAAUUAAUGCGGAUUUUUAGAUUUUAAUAAUUAAAGAACACUAAAAGAUAUUUGCUUGAGCAGAAUUAACACCUAAAAUAACUAACUAAUAUUAACUCAUUUUUGGUACACACACGAAUUGGAACACUGAACACACUAAACAGUCGUCAAGUAAAACGAAUAAGCAAAUAAUUCACCAGCAGCAAAUGUUAAACAAA